UCCCUGAAUUAAUUCUUAUGUUGAAGAGAAGACGACGAAAGAGCAGCGAAAUAGAGGUAAAAGAUAUUUAAUUUGGGCUUAUAAUCUUACAAAACUCAACCAGGCAAAUGUAAAACGGGAGAAUAACAGCCCAAAAAUGCCAAAAAUAACAGAAAUUUCAAACAAAAAACGGUCUUUCAUUUUAAAAAAAUUGACACAGUUUUUGAAAUUAACAAAGAAAAGCCAUUCAAUAAAAACCCAUGUAGUACGCAACAUAGAUUUCUUCAUUAAAUCUCGAAACAAAUUGUUUCUCUUUCUGUUUGAUCUUCUCGUUUCCUUGCAAAAUUUCAAAAUUUCUUUCUAUUUUCAAAAGCUAACCUUUGUUUUCUCUUCCAAAGUUAUGUCAUUCACCUACAAUAAGCAGCUCUCAGCUAAAACCUUAUUUGAUUCCUUACACAUGAGUUCAUGGGUCAUCUUCACAAUUCUCUGCACAACAAUAAUUUUCAUUGUAAUCAUUCUCGUUACUAUCCUAUGCUUCUGCUAUUGUUUUCCUCGACGACAUCGAUCCAAAAACCGAGCUUUUCUCACUUCAAAUCAUGCCAAUAUCUAUAGUUCUUCAUCACUAAAGAAGAGGUUCCUUUCAUUUAAUGGUUCAAAUCAUAUCGUCAAUAUGGUUCCUCUAGAAUGUGAGGUGAUUAGACCAAGUAAUUUUUGUGAAAAUGAAUUGGAAAAUCUUAGUAAUAUAAGACAGAAUUAUAGUAGAAUAUGUCAUUGGUUCUCAAUGAGGGAGAUCAUAGAAGCUACAAACAACUUCCAUAGUAGGAAUUUAAUCGGAGUUGGAUGUUAUGGUAAGGUUUACCGAGGUUUUCUAUUUGAUGGUACACAAGUUGCUGUGAAAGAGCUCACAAUAACCAGGUAACAUUUUUGUUUGUUGUAUACAAAGCUAUAUAGGGUAGUGAUGUAGACAAGUUUCGAUCUCUUAGAUACCAUAUCUACACGACUUUGCCAACUAAACUGGUCGACAUUCAUACAGUAUAUAUAUGUGAUCAUUGCUAAUCCCAAUAUUAUUUGAGCUAUACUCUGAAUUAUGUGGACUCACUAUGCAUGAAUAAUCAGUAUCAAUACAGAGAAGAUCAGACGAAUAGUGGAGGAAAUUCCAAAUAUGAACCACAAAAACCUUGUGAAGAUAAUAGGCUUUUGUGUGGAAGAAUGUGAUCUUUCUACAAGGUAUAUACUUGUAUGCGAAUAUGUUGACAAUGGCAAUCUGCAACAGUGGCUUCAUGCAAAUGAUGUUGAACAAAUCAAUCCUUUGAGUUGGAGAACUCGUGUGGAUAUCAUUUCAGGAACUGCGAAAGGAUUAGCUUACAUGCAUGAAGAUUUUGGGCAAAAGAUCGCGCACAAGCAAUUACAAUCUCAUAAGAUCUUGUUGGAUCAUCAAUGGAAUCCAAAGAUAUCUGAUUUUGCUGUUGCAAAAUUAUUAGAUCAUCCGAGUUUAUAUUCAUAUGAGGAGAUGAACGAAGAAGAAGAUGUUUAUAGCUUCGGAGUGCUUGUCAUGGAGAUCAUCUCAGGAAGGCAGCCUACUGAGAAUAAUAGACCUAAAGAAGAGCAACAACUCGUUAAAUGGUUGAAGAGAAUGGUAUUGAACCAAAACUAUGAACAAGUUGUUGAUCCGAAGAUACCCCAACUGCCUCCUCUGAAAGAGCUCAAAAGGAUCCUUCUGAUUGCCUUGCGUUGUGCUGAUCUUGUCGUCGAAAAUAGGCCUAAAAUGGGAGAAGUCAUACACAUGCUCGAGCCACGAGAUUUGUUACUCUCGGGUGUGCAACAUGUUUAUCGUAGAAGUUUCUCUCAAGAGAGUCUAAUUUCUUUCUGAUCAAAUCUUAAUUGAUUCAUGUUGUUUUAUUAUUGACAAUGAAAUCCAGGUAAUGUUAAAAAUGUUUUCAUGUUCAUAAACAUGUUACAUGAUUACAUCGUAUUAAUAGUCUAUAGAUUGU